GCGGCGCCGCUUUCCCGAGUCACCUCGCCGGGCGGCUGCGGGAAGAUGCGGCUGCGGCUCCUGGUGCUGGUGGUGGCUGUGCUGCUGGGUCCGGCCCCGGAGGUGUGUGGCGCUCUCAAUGUCACUGUGUCCCCAGGACCUGUAGUUGACUACUUGGAAGGGGAAAAUGCCACUCUCCUCUGCCACGUCUCCCAGAAGAGACGGAAGGACAGCUUGCUGGCGGUGCGCUGGUUCUUCGCCCCUCAUGGCUCCCAGGAGGCCUUGAUGGUGAAGAUGACGAAGCUUCGGGUGAUUCAGUACUAUGGGAACUUCAGCCGUACUGCCAACCAACAGAGGCUGCGCCUGCUCGAGGAGCGUCGAGGAGUGCUGUACAGGCUGUCUGUCCUGACACUCCGGCCAGCAGAUCAAGGGCAGUAUGUCUGCAAAGUGCAAGAAAUCAGCAAGCACAGGAACAAGUGGACAGCUUGGUCCAAUGGCUCCUCAGCGACAGAAAUGAGAGGUGAGAGUGUGGCUGGGGUCCCCGAGGAGGUGCAGCAUGUAGCAGAGCAGGGGUCCCGGCUUCUGUCAUUAUACAAAUGCUGGUGUGACUCUGCUAAUGCAGUGCAAGUCUUGUGGCCUCUGUGGGCCACAGGCCUGUGA